UCUAUGUGUGUGUGUGUGUGUGUUAGUUUCAGCGACGCGCUACAACCUUUGAUACAUUUCAGCUGAUACAUUACAUGUUGCAAGUUGCGCGGCGGCCCUGGGGAGCGGAGUGGGUCUGUCGCCGAGAGACUAUCUUCCCCCCCUGACCCAUGGCUUCUCGGCUCCCUCUGCGGGUCUACUACGACCUUCUAUCCCAGCCCUGCAGGGCCGUCCUUCUGUUCCUGAAAUGCACCGGCAUCCCUCACGUCGAGAAGUCGGUCGCUCUGCGGAAUGGUGAGCAAACUAGUGUGGAGUUUACCAAACUGAAUCCGAUGCAGAAAGUGCCGGUGAUUGUGGACAAUGGGUUUGUUCUGACAGAGAGUGUGGCCAUCUUGAAGUACCUGGCGACUAAGUACGAUGUCCCUCAAUUCUGGUACCCGCCUGACCUACAUCAUCGGGCAAAGGUUGACGAGUACAUGGCCUGGCAGCAUGCCAACGUGAGAUUCCACACAGCCAAAGUCUUCAUCCUGGAGGUUCUGAUACCCAACAUGUCCGGACAGCCGGUGGAUACGGACAAGUUGGACAAAGCCCUGCGGGAACUAAGCGUCACCCUGGAUAAAUUGGAAUGCAUGUACCUGAAGAACCAGCCCUUCCUUUGCGGUGAGGAGAUCACACUGGGGGAUAUAUUGGCCAUCUGCGAACUGAUGCAGCCUCUGGGAGCAAAUCGUGACAUCCUGAAAGACCGGCCAAAGCUGGUCGCCUGGAAGGACAGAGUGAAGACAUUUGUCGGCCAGCCCUUUGACGAGGUGCAUUCUUUCGUUUACAAACUGAGGGAUAAAGCCAAACUUUAAAACCAAAUUACCUCGAAAACCCAGCCAAUUUUGUCUGGACUCCUGUGCUACUAAUCCUUUGUUUUGAAAAUACGUGCCUUAUUAAAAUCAGUUAAAUGAG